AUGGCCAUUUUCAUGUUACCCUUCUCGACACUUACAAGACCGGUGGCACCUGGCGAGGCUGUGUCACUACCCCCUGCUUACAUAGCCUUCCCAGGCUGUGUCUGGCCGUGGAAGAUCCGCGCGCUUUUCCUGAUGAAGGCGUCUGAUCUUUUGCCUGCUGGGUCUAUCUAUGGUCUGGAAACUGGCAAGUCCGUCGAAAUAUCUAUUCCCGGAGGCGCUGUAGGAGGUGGACAUCCUAUUCAUUUGCACGGUCAUGCGUUUAAUGUUAUUCGUAGCGCUGGCAGCGAUACUUACAACUACGUCAACCCUGUACGCCGCGACACUGUCAAUAUUGGCACCACUGGCGACAACGUCACGAUCCGUUUCCAAACCAAUAAUCCCGGACCUUGGUUCAUUCAUUGCCACAUCGACUGGCAUCUCGAGGCGGGGCUUGCCGUCGUCAUGGCUGAAGGCAUUGAAGAGACGAACACCACUAACAUCGUUCCUGCUGAUUGGAGCACCCUCUGCCCUGUCUACGACGCUCUCAAUGCUUCCGAUCACUAG